AUUAGUAAAAUUUCUCUGAUAUGCCAUGAGUGUCUAGCAAGUUAUUUUUCUUCAGACGUGGCUCAACAUCUGAGUAAACUGUGCCAAAAUGAUACUUCGGUUUUUAAGUAUAUCUUUAGUAUUAAUUAUUGUAAGUUCGUUGUGCGAGGCGCAAUUACUUGAGGGUUUAUAUUGUGGUAAAAGCAAUUGUUAUGAUGUUAUUGGUGUACCUAGAGAUGCCAGCAAAUCGGAAAUUGCAAAAAAUUAUCGAAAACUAGCCAGGCAAUUCCAUCCUGAUUUGCACAGAGAAGUAGAAGCAAAGGCAAUUGCUGAGGAGCAAUUCAAGACUAUAGCCACUGCCUAUGAAAUAUUGAAAGAUGAUGAAUCCAGAGCUGAUUAUGAUUACAUGCUUGAUAAUCCAGAUGCCUACUAUGCCCAUUAUUAUCGAUAUUAUAGAAGAAGGGUAGCUCCAAAAGUGGAUGUCCGUGUGGUGAUUAUAACAACAAUAACUGUGAUUUCUUUAGUACAGUAUUUUGGUGCAAGGCAACGUUACUAUUCAGCAAUCAAGUAUUUUAUCACUGUUCCAAAGUAUCGCAACAAGGCAUUAGACAUAGCUAAAGCUGAUGGCCUAUUGGUUGUCGAUAAGAAGAGUAAAAAAUCUAAAUCUGAAAUUAAGGAAGAAACAGAGAAGAUAAUUCAGAGUGUCAUAGAAGAUAAGAUGGAUAUUAAAGGAGCCUAUGCAAAACCAAGUGUGUAUGAUGUCCUAUGGAUUCAACUUGUAUUUUCUCCAUACACAAUUUCCAAGUGGAUUUAUUUACGUAUGAUGUACUUUGUGAAAUUCACAUUUCUUAAGCAGGAAUAUACAUUGGAAUACAAAUUAUAUUUGAUAAGGAAGUAUUUGAAAAUGGGUCAACAUCAAUUUGAUAGUAUUGAAGAUCACCAGAAGCAAGACUAUUUGCAUCAAGAGCUAUGGGAUAAAGAGAAAUUUGAUAUUUGGAAGAAACAGGAAGAGGAAGAUAUGAAAAUACAGAUGGCAGAGAGCAAUAGAUAUAAGCAGUAUCGAAGAUUCAUGAAGAAGAAUGGUAUUCCAAGAAUGACUUUUGAUGAUUCAUAA